AAAGUGACUACAGAGCAGUUUCAUGUCACUGCCUUCUCAAACACUAUACAAAGACAGCAUUUGUCAGAUUUUGAAAAGGAAACAUGGACAUUUUAUCUCUUGUUCUGCUUCUGCUUUCAGUCCAGUGGUCCUGGGCUCUGGAAGACCCUCUUCUGCCUUUCUCUGAACACCUGGACCCCGAGCACAAGGUGCAGCUGAAGUGGGGAUUUGAUGAGAUCCAGGGCACAAUCUUGUUUGAGCUCACGGUCAACACCAGCGGCUGGGUCGGUUUUGGCUUCAGCCCCAAAGGAGGAAUGACUGGAGCCGAUAUCGUUAUUGGAGGAGUUGGAGCCAAAGGCAGUUACUUCACGGAUCGUCAUGCUGGGGGGAAUUCAAUGCCAGUGAUUGACCAGAAACCGAACUACAAAACUCCUGUCUCUGGAUUUGAGACUGAUGGGAAAACGGUCAUGAAAUUUCAGAGGUCCAUCGAGGCUUGUGAUGAAAACGACUUAACCAUCACUACCAACAACAGAUAA